CCUUGCGUGCGAACGCGUGCCGCCGCCAGCGAGCGGCAUUUCCGCGUGCGGGAGCCUCAAUCGUCAUCUCGGCCAAUUUCCUUGAGGAGCACGAGAUACUUCGACAAAGUUAAAAGAUGAUAAAACUGAACGCAGAUGUUCAUCCGAGUUUGUCGGAAACAAUGACCGAGAAUUUACGACGGAGAAACGUGGUCACAAUGGUGGAUUUUGUCUCAACGGAUCCGAUUAAAUUGACAAAUAUCAUUGGUCUUUCACACACGGAUGUGUUGCAAGUGAAACAGCACAUAUUGAAGAAGUUUGGUGGAAUAAAGAAGAAUGCAACGCAACUCCUUGCGAUAGAACGUGAUGUAAUUUCGACCAGUAUAACGUGUUUGGACGAAUUGCUGAGAGGUGGCCUGUAUCCUGGACAGUUAUGCGAAUUAUGUGGACCUUCGGCCUCCGGGAAGACUCAAUUAUGUUUCACAAUAGCAGCUAACGUCGCUAGCCGGUCAGACGGCAUUGUAUGGUAUUUUGACACAAAGAGAGAUUUCUGCAGAAUGCGAUACGAGGGAAUUAUGAGAGCAAGAAAUUUCGAGCAGAAAAUUAUAGACGAUGCAUUGCGCAGUACGAAAAUUUAUCAAGCGCAUUCGUCCAACGAAUUGAUACAAGGUUUACGACAAUUGGUAACUCUUUGCGAACAAGAGCAGAAUGAAGCGUCAUUGAAAGAAAGAAAGGUCCUCCUCGUGAUUAUCGAUUCUUUACCGGCAAUUAUCUUCAAGGUAACGCGAAACGCACAACAAAGUGAUAACGAAACAACUUAUGAGCUCGAAGAUUUAGCCGAAAUAUGUCGAUUCCUCACGAUGAAGUACCAAGCAGUUGUAAUUACUGUGAAUUUAAUCACCCGAUGGAUUUCUCCAGGACAAACGGAUUCUGCCGACAUAACACCGGCGUUAGGAAAAUGUUGGGCAAGAAUACCAACCACGAGAUUGUUGAUAACAAGGCUAUAUGGUGAAAUCCGGAAAAUUAAUGUUUGGAAAGAUUUGAGAUUAAUCGAGAACUCGUCCUGUACUGUAAUUAUAAAUGAUAUUGGAGUUACAUCAUAA